GCACCGUACAAUCAUGUGACUAGUAGGGGCGUUGCAGGAUUUGCAGGCAGAAUAUUCUUGGAAAAACAGUUACUGUUUUCAAUGUUGCAAUAACUUACUUCUAAUCAAAACUGCAAAAUGAGUUUCUCUGAUGGGAAGACCAUUACCGUUAUUGGCAGUGGGCUGAUUGGGCGCUCCUGGGCCAUGGUGUUUAUAAGUGGGGGCUACAGAGUGAAGAUCUAUGACAACCAGCCAGGCCAUGCUGCCAGGGCCAUCCAGGAGGUCAGGAAACAGCUUGAAGAUCUGCAGGAAGAGUGCAUGCUGAGGGGGGAUCGAAGUGCCUCAGAGCAGCUAGCCCUACUGAGCAGCCACAAUGACCUCUGCCAGGCACUAGAGGGAGCCUUCUUCGUCCAGGAGUGUGUGUUUGAGGAGAUCGAGGCCAAGCGGAGUGUCUUCCAGGUGGUGGAGAGUCAUGUGGGAGAGGGGGUGAUCCUCAGUAGCUCCACCUCCUGCCUGUUGCCUAGCAACAUCUUCUCCCAGGUCCAGAACCGGAAGCGCUGCAUUAUAUCUCACCCGGUGAACCCGCCCUACUACGUGCGUCUGGUGGAGCUGGUGCCACACCCAGAGACAUUGGCGGGGGUGAUGGACACUACCCACGCCCUGAUGACUGCCGUAGGCCAGGCUCCCGUUAGGCUGAAGAAAGAGAUUGACGGCUUCGCCCUAAACCGUGUGCAGUACGCCAUCAUCGCCGAGUCCUGGAGGCUGGUCAAGGACGGUGUCAUUUCAGUCAAGGACAUUGACCUGGUGAUGUCAGAGGGGCUGGGAAUGCGUUAUGCUUUUAUUGGUCCCAUGGAAACCAUGCACCUCAACGCACCUGAAGGUCUGGAGGACUAUCUCCAGCGCUACAGAGAGGGCAUGAAGAGGGUUCUGAACACCUUUGGACCUGUUCCCGAAUUCUCUGGGGAGGCAGCCGAGCGCAUCAACAAAGAGAUGUGUGAGCUGAUCCCAGCUGACCAGCAGCCCCUGUCUGCCAGGAGAGAGAGAAGGGACCAGCUUCUCAUGGGCCUGGCCAAGCUCAAGAAGUGACUCCAGGACUAUCACCACCACUGAUGAACAGGGUGGGCUGAGGUCUGGGACUCUGCUGUCCAUCACUCAGCCAAAGAGCAUGGUGAUGAGGAUGAUCUGAUCUCUCAGUAGUACCUACACUGGGGAUGUUACUGAAUACUGUAGCCCUGAGUCCUCACACACAAUCAACCAUUCUGGGAUGAUACUGUAGCCCUCAUACACAAUAAAGCAAUCUAGGGAUUGAUUCCCAUGCCAUCUCAGAAAUCUAACCACCACAUGUUUUAUGCAAUCAACACAUUGAUCAGACAAGGGAAUUAUUGGUUUGGUCAUACCACACUGGCUUCUUGAAUUAUGAAUAUGAAAUGUUAAUGUCAAAACCUUAUGGGAGAUUUCUUUAUUAAAAUGUUGAAUUUCAA